UCACUCCGACUCACACUCCAGCACAGUAGGUGGCGGAAAUGAACCCAGAAGUUAGAUGCCACCCGCCAUUAAACUCGAAGAAGAAGUAGAAGUUUCCCUCAGUUCGCGCUGAACUGCGCUCGGGAGAGAAUAAACCUGCCUGACCAACUGUGGUGGUUCCUGUCUGCCGGUCCCUUGGUCCACGACACACAACGCAGAAUACAAAGAGACAAUAGGACAGAGACCGAGGAGGUCGGCUACAGUUGCACUCCUACAAGCCAUUACACAGGGCUAACCACAGGCCUGGCCAGCUACCUACAAGGCACUGCGCAGGGCACACUUAACCCUUGAUGCUGUGAACGGUAACGCUGCAGUAGAAGACAGCCAACACUGUUAGCUAAACACGGCUAAAGAAAACCUGCUACCACUUCAGGAUCAUCCAUCAGCUGGGACUGAUUCAUCGAGGGAUCUGGACAGCAUGGACACAGAUUUUCAACAGCUGGUGCUGGUUAAAGAAGAAGCUCCUGAAGAACAGAGUGCAGGUGAGGACCAGAAAGACCCAGAACACAUCCACAUGAAGGAGGAACAAGAAGAAAACUGGACCAGUCUGGAGGGAGAGCAACUCCAUUUGGAGGAGAAAACUGAUGCUGCCAGGUUUCCAUUCACAUUGGCUUCUAUAAAGAGUGAGGAUGAUGAAGAGAAACCUCUGUUCUCACAGCUUCAUCAGCAGCAAGUAGAAGACAAAGAAGUUCCAACCAGCAGCUCAGCUCACCAGAUGACAGCAGAAACUGGUGGAAGAGCAGAAACUAGCAGGAACCAAGAUCUGAACCCUCAUGAACAGACAUCUGAUUCUUCAGAAACCAAAAUGAGUGGAGAUGAUGAAGAGGGUGAUGAUGUGAAUCUACACUCUGAGCUGUCAGACUCUGGAUCUGAAACUGGAGAAGAAGACAGUGACUGGAAUGAAAGCAGGUCUUCUGAUUCACAUGUUAGGACUGUCAACAAGUCCUUUAGCUGCCCUGAGUGUGGUGAACAAUUUGUCCACAAGAGGUCUCUCCAGAAACAUGUCAGAGUGUCAGGUCAUUCAGCAAUAAGGUCUUCAAGCUGUUUGGUCAAAAAGAAAUGUGUUGGAGUGAAGCAACAUGUAGACUCAUGCAAGAAAGUCCAGAAAGAACUAAAAUCAUUUAGUUGUGAUGUAUGUGGAAAAAGAUUUAGUGCAAUGUGUGAUUUCAACGUGCACAUGAGAGUCCACACAGGAGAAAAACCUUUUGUCUGUGAGCUCUGUGGUCGAAGAUUUAGUCGAAAGGGAAAUUUAAACAGGCACAUGAGAGUCCACACAGGAGAACAACCUUUUGUCUGUGAGCUCUGUGGUCAAAGAUUUGGAGAGAAAGCAAAAUUAGGCAUUCACAUGAGAAUCCACACAGGAGAAAAACCUUUUGCCUGUGAGCUCUGUGGUAAAAGAUUCGCCUAUAAAAUAGCAUUAGACUAUCACAUGAGAAUCCACACAGGAGAAAAACCUUUUGUCUGUGGGCUCUGUGGUAAAAGAUUCAGCCAAAAUUCAACUUUAUACAGUCACAUGAGAGUCCACACAGGAAGAAAACCUUUGCUCUGUGGGCUUUGUGGUAAAACAUUUGCCCUAAAACAAGCCUUGGAGAGACACAUGAGAGUCCACACAGGAGAAAAACCUUCUUGCCUGUGAGACAUGUGGUCAAAGAUUUAGCGACAAGACAAAGUUAAACAGUCACAUUAGAGUUCACACAAGACAUAAUGAAUUAUUCUGAAUGUGUGAUUGAUAGAAAAAAUUCCAUCUGUGAGAGCAGGGGAGUGGAGGAGGCGGGCAUAAAUACACGCAUGUGUGUGUGUGUGUGUGUGUGUGUGUGUGCAUGCAAACCUUGUGGCUCCAUAUGAUAUAAGCAGUUCUGAAAGAUAAGAAGGCCAUUAGGACACUUAAAAACCGUUUAAAGUAUUUUAAAAUCGAUCCUAAAAAAAAAACGGAGAGCCAAUGUAGUGAUUCUGAAACUAGAGUGAUGUGCUCCCACCUCCUGGUCUUCACCAGAACACGUGCUGCUGAGUUUUGUAAUAGUUGUAGACCUGAAAUCUUCUUUUUAGGAAGACCAGAAAGCAGGGCAUUGCAGUAGUCUAUCUUACUGGUGAUAAAAGCAUCCAUCAGCGUCUCCGUAUUGGCCCGAGAGAGAAUGGGGCGGACUCUGGCGAUGUUCUUUAGAUGAUAAAAACCUAUUUUGGUGAUAUUUUUAAUGUGAUGGAUAAAAGUCAGCUCAGAGUGAAAGAUGACACUCAGGUUCUUCACCUGUGAAGAUAGAUUAAGAGACAGUGAUUGUAAUUUUGGUAAAGGUUUCUCUCUCUGGGCCUCAGGAGGGCGCAUAUAAAGGUUAAAAAGCACUGGGCCUAAAAUUGAAUCCUGGGGCACACCACAUGCAAUCCCAUGGACCAUAGAGGAACAGGUAUCCAAACCCACCAUAAAAGUCCUGUCGGUGAGGUAGGAAGUGAACCAUCGGUGAACAGCACCAGAGAGGCCGAUCCCUUUCAAACGAGUUAAAAGAACAUUAUGGUCUACUGUGUCAAAGGCAGCACUUACCCCCAAAUUCCACUACCUCCGCUCCGACACGAACGCCGGAGCAAAAUCGGUCCCGUUGUAGUCAAUCAGAGCAAUUCCACUACUGCGGCCGUGCUCCGGCAGUGCGGCGCAGUGUGCCGCCCUCUGUUCCGGCGUCCGGCAAAAAUAGAAUCGAUCCUAUUUUCGCCGAACGCCGGAGCACCUCCGCAGUAAAUGGACAGAAAUCACAACCGCCCAACAGGAAAAGGAGCAAGCACAACUUCCGUUUUUCACAAUAAAUCGAUAAACAAAAGGCGUUUUUUGUUUCAUAUGAACAGGUUUAACAACUUUUAACAACUAUCAAUGGCGGCUGAACUUUAAAUGCACAAAAGUAAGCCAUAAAUACAGUUUCCACUAUCAAAGUAGUCACACUUUGUUGAUCCAAACACUGCUGAUCUCUCAACACAAAUGAUGGGCAGAUUAAACAGUUCAUGUCGAUGCUUCUCCCACACAACGGGUGUUUGGAUCUAACUUCCGCGUUUAUUGCUCGGACUGUAUCGCAAGAUCUCGAAAAUCCCGCGCAUGCUUGUUUGCCCCCCUCAGGUCUCCGCACCAGAGCGGAGCCGUUGUAGAGCGGGUACCAGUAAAAAUUGAGUUCGGAAGCGAGCGGCUGCGGAAGGCGGGGGCGGACUGGAGCGGAGCGGAGGUAGUGGAAUUUGGGGGUUAGAUCCAGUAGAA